CAUACGCGAGAAAUGGUCGGCUUCUUUCAGCGACACGGAAACAAGAUCGCAUCGAGGAAUAUCACAACACCAUUCAGAAAUGCCAGGAGAGAGAUUCGGUUCAGGUAAUACCAAGAACUGGGAGAAGAUCCAAUGGUUGGGCAAAGAUAUAAACGAUAGCAAUGGUAAGAAGAUCUACAGGAUCGUCAAGGAAAUCGGCAAAGGCAGCUAUGGACAAGCCUUCGAUGCCCAACAUCAUCUGACCGGCGCUCAGGUGGUGAUCAAGAAAAUGGAGAAGAGAAGGAACCCUGACGUGCUCGCUGAGUCGGAAGCCAAAGUGAUCAGUCUCUUCCAACACGAGAACUUCCCGCGUGUGUUUGGAUCCUACCAAAACACAUAUCACUGGUUACUGUCCCUUGAGAGAGUGCAUGGAGAAACGUCUUGUGACUACAUAGUCAAUCGGGGACGACCCUUGACCGAGCCACACACUGUGAUGUUUAUUCUUCAGCUCGUAGAUGCCAUCCAACAUCUGAAUUCCAAGGGCGUUAUGCACAGAGAUAUACACUUGGGAAACGUGAUGAUUGAUAACACACAGACAGUCAAGUUGAUUGACUUUGGAAGAGCUGCCAAGAUUCUUCCCGGUGGAAAUCCAUCCGGAUCCAUGUUCAAUGGUCAAGGGGCACCCGAAAUGUUUCUCUCCGUUAGGCAUUCAAAGGAGGUUGACAUCUUUGGAAUUGGAUUUAUCGCCUACAUCUUGCUGACGGAAUGGCCUCCAUUUGAUUUGCACCCAAAAACACGGGAUAUUGCAAGGAAAAACAUGCAGGAUGGUCCGAAAACACAGAUACCACCAUGGAAUGCGCUUUCCUCGGAUGCUAAGGAUUUGCUCCAAAAGCUUCUCGAAUACUCACCUGUGAAACGUAUCACCCUCGCCGGUAUCCUUCAGCACCCGUUCAUCACGAAGAACAGGGCAGCUGCACUGCGUAUUCGUCCGCCGAUCUCAAACGAAAAGAAACAACAGUACCUGAAUAGCACGCCAAACGCAGACUUAAUCAAAGGUGUCAAACUCUUCUUCCCAAGUAUGAGCGACGAAGAAAUCAGAAAAACGGUGGCAAACGCGGUGCCCGGAAGACCUUUGGAGAUCUACAAGAUUGCUGAGGCUCUCGCCCUCUACCGGAUGAGGUGA